UCUUAUGCAGAGGCGUUAGAAAAAUCGUGAUGAGGCGGUUUUGUAGAACAGUCCCUCCAACAACAUUCAGCGUUGUAUCAGUCCGACUUUCAUGAACAGUGUUGUUCCAGGUCUUGUGAUUUUGCGUCGCCUCCCCCAUUUUCGUCAUUUUUGUCUUCAAGUCCCACUUUUCUUACGGGUCACCCUCCCUCUCCCAGUGUCCAAAUUAUCCAGAAGCGGUACAGGAAUCGCGAGGAGAGCCGUUUGUGAGAAAUGCCGACCUACACGGAACAGAAGCCGUCCUCUACCAUGGGGAACAGCGCACUGCCGUGCCUAUGCUGGCUGGAGGUAGGUGUGAUCGAGUUGUUCCUGUUCGGCGGGCUGGUGACUCUCGCCUACCUCCUGCACUUCACAGAGAUCAUCCCCGUGGUUCAGCAGGGGUUCAUCUGCCAGGACAUCGCCCUGUCCAAACCGUUCGCCGGCCCGAGCGAGGCCGUGCCGUGGCCGGUCCUGUACGCCAUGGCGUUCGGCGCGCCUGUAGUUCUGAUCCUGGUGGGCGAGCUGAGUCCCGUGCUGUACCAGCUGGGGGUGGGCGCCAUGCGGGACCGGGCCGCAACUGCAGGCCAGCAGGGCGUGCCCACAUUCCUGCGCAGACUGGUCAAGUUUACCGGCCUACAUCUCUUCGGCGGCUGCUCGGCGCUGGUCCUGUGCGGACUGGGUCAGGUGAUGACGGGAAGUUUGGCCCCGUACUUCCUGUCCGUCUGCAGCCCGAACUACACCCUCCUGCCCGUGGUCUCCGCCUCCCCAGACGGACCUUCCUGCGUUCCCGCCACUUUUAUUACAGACGAUAUCUGUGAUGGGAGCGCUGAGGAGGUCUACAACGCGCGGCGGUCCUUCCCGUCGCUCCACGCCACCCUGAGCUGGUACGCCGCUGUCUUCAUGGCGCUGUACGCGUCCUCCGCGCUGUGUCUGCGGGGCACCAGGCUGAUCCAGCCGCUGCUGGUGAUGGGGCUGCUGGCCCUGGCGUUCCUGAGCGCCGCCAGCCGGGUCACGGAGUACCGCAGCCACGCUGUAGACGUUCUGGGCGGCAGCGUUCUGGGAGCCGCUAUCGCCGUGUAUCUGGUAGGAAUCCUUUCCUUCUGUCUCCGAAUAUGUAGUGUUUCUUUGGUAUCCAAAAUCAGACUGACGAAAACAACAGAUCCUCACAUCACGCACGGUCCAUUUUGA